AUGCAUUUCCCUUACCUUUUUUUCUUCCCUUUAGUUAUACUCUAUUAUUUUCUAAUUGUUAACUCUAUUAAUUCUUUAACAAAUGUUCUAACCCAAGGCUCAUCACUCGCUGUUGAAAAUAACCAAGAUCAUUUGGUGUCAGCUAAUGGUCUUUUCACAGCCGGGUUUCACCAGAUUGGCCAAAAUGCUUAUUUCUUCGCUAUAUGGUUUUCCGAGCUUAUGGCGGAUGGGAGUCACACAUUUGUUUGGAUGGCAAAUAGAGAUGCACUUGUCAAUGGAAAACGCUCCAAGUUUUACUUGUCCAAAUCCGGAAAUCUUGUUCUAACAGAUGCCGGUAACCGAAUAUGGAUGAGCAAUACUAAAUCUACAUCCCCUUUGCAAUUGCAACUCCUUGACUCGGGUAACCUUGUUCUCAAAGAGUUAGAAAAAAAUCCAUAUAUUUGGCAAAGCUUUAGUUUUCCUACCGACACAAUUCUUCCUAAUCAACUUUUCACCAAAGAUACCAUCCUUACAUCUUCGCGAAGUUUGACAAAUUUUUCUUCUGGCUUCUACAAUUUCUACUUUGACAAUGACAACAUAAUUCGCCUUGUUUACAACAGUGAUGAAAUCACAAGUGUUUAUUGGCCUAAACCGUGGUUAUUAACAUUGCAAGCAGGAAGGUCUCCUUUCAACAAUAGUAGAUACGCCUUGCUUGAUUCCGUAGGCCAAUUCAUUUCCACAGACAAUUUCACCUUCGUUACGUCUGAUUUUGGCCAUACCCUUCAAAGAAGAAUGACACUAGAUGUUGAUGGCAAUGUUAGAGUUUAUACACUCAUCAACAGAGAGUGGACCGUUUCAAGCCAAAUAAUUUCACAACCAUGUCUCAUUCCUGGAAGUUGUGGCCAAAACAGUCUUUGCAGUUUUAGUUCUUUUUCUGGAAGAAGAUGCACUUGCUUGCAUGGAUACACGCCAAAAAACCUUUCAGAUUUGUCAUUUGGGUGUAAACCUACAUUCGAUAUUACUACAGAUCGUAAAAAUUAUGACUUCUUAAGUCUCCCCAAUACGGAAUUUUAUGGAUAUGAUUCAUUAUUUAUGGAGGGGGUCACUUUUGAAGAAUGUAAGAAGGCCUGCUUUAAUGAUUCUGAUUGUAAAGCCUUCCAAUAUACCUUUAACACCCCGUUAAUCACCUUCAGAUGCUAUGUGAAAACGUUGUUGUUCAAUGGUUAUUCCGUGGGUAAUCCUUUCACAACUUAUCUUAUGCUUCCUAGGAGUGAAGUUUCAUCAUUUAAUCAAAAAGCUACUGCUCAGUCUGAGUUGAAUUGCACGAGUUCUAUAAUCAAGCUGGAACGAACAUACGUGGGAAAGAGCGCAAAUGGAUCCCUCAAGUUCAUAUUGUGGUUCAGCAUCAUUCUUGGUAUAACUGAAGCUACAUGCUUUGUGUUUUUCUAUUAUAUUACAAGACAAUCGUCAGGGUCGACAACCCAGUCCUACCUUGCAAUUGCUACCGGAUUCAAAAGGUUUACAUAUGAUGAGGUUAUUAAGAUGUCUAAUAACUUCAGAGAUGAGAUUGGGAGAGGUGGUGGCGGUAUCGUGUACAAAGGUAUACUGCCUGACAAAAGAAUGGUCGCAAUUAAGCGACUCCGUGAGGCUAGCCAGGGAGAAGCUGAAUUUUUAGCAGAGAUGAGUACCAUUGGGAGGAUAAAUCAUAAGAACUUGAUAGAAACAUAUGGUUAUUGUGCCGAAGGAAAGCACCGGAUAUUGGUCUAUGAGUACAUGGAGAAUGGUUCGUUAGCUGGUAACAUACGUGCUAAAGAACUCGAUUGGCAGAAGAGAUUUGAAAUUGCCACUGGUGCCGCAAAAGGGCUAGCUUAUCUACAUGAAGAAUGCUUGGAGUGGGUCCUACAUUGUGAUGUUAAACCACACAACAUAUUGCUAGACGCUGAUUAUAAUCCAAAGGUGGCUGAUUUUGGCUUGUCCAAGCUAUUCCACAAAGGCGUAAAAGAAAAUUCUAUCUUUUCGAGGAUAAGAGGGACUAGAGGGUAUAUGGCUCCAGAAUGGGUGUAUAAUCUUCCAAUCACUUCAAAAGUGGAUGUGUAUAGCUACGGAAUGGUUGUGCUAGAGAUGAUAACAGGACGCGGUCCCAAAUGGGACCAAGGAAGCGAUGAUAGGGAAAAGGUAGAUCAAAAAACGCUUGUAAGUUGGGUGAGAGAGAAGGUCGACGAGUUUGGCAAUAAUCUGACACAAGCACAAAUAAUGGAUAUAUUGGAUCCAUUAAUGAAGGAUGAAUAUGAAGAUCAUCAGAUGAAAACUCUUUUGAAAGUGGCUUUGCAAUGUGUUGAGGAAAAUAAAGACGCGAGACCAACCAUGAGCGAGGUUGUGAAGAUACUUCUAAAUUUAGAAAUGGAUGAUAAGUGUGACUAGCCUUUCGUGGAAUUGUAGUCUACUCUCAAGUAAUACUUUCGUUGUGUGUCAGAUACUUGUACUUAGCAUUAUUUUAAUACUGGAUCGGACCAGUUGAAUGAGCCAGUCGGAUCGUGAAUCCGGAGCUUGACUUAACGAGUCCGGUCCAAUAAAAAGAGAGUUGUUUUUGGUGUUGUGUUCUCUAUGAAUUAUAUAAGCACUAAUUUUUUUAUUUUUCAAAA